GAGUGUUUAAAUCGGGUGCAAGAGUAUACAGUCGAGUGCAGCAUGGUACUUGCAUAUAAAGGGGGCAGAUUAGAAUUAGGAGUUCACCAUGAACACAUAAAGAGGAGAACAUUGAUGCAGAGGAACAGAACUUUUUUUCUGGAUAUCGCUGGGAGAAGUUUUUCUGCUAAUUUAAUGGAAUAACAUCUCUUAAAAAUUCCCAUUUGGCAUUACAAUAUUUGAAGCCUGGAAAGAUAAUGGAGAGGAAAUCAGACAGUGAUUUGAAAAGGGACCAGUCCACCCUGGCUACUUUAAACAACAAAAAUGUAACCCUGGUGACUUUUCAUAAGCGGCAAUCAUCUAAUGCUGUGCCUGCACUACUCAUUGUCAGUGAACCUUCCAAGUCAGGAUCCCCUGGAAAAGCAGGGGACUGCUCUCAGAAAGAAGAGAAAGUUUCACAGAGUUACCCUGUGGGAGCAUCAGAAGUCAACAGUAUGCAUGCUUUGUCUAAGUCUAGCUCCCCUGCUAGUUGUGUACGGGAACCAACCAUGAAGCAGAAUUUUGCUUUUGACAACAUCGGCUACGAGAGGAGCGCUGAAAAUAUGCCCUCUCUGCUUCCUCAAACGAGCACCGUCACAGUCAAUAUUUUGGGUAUGACUUGCCAGUCUUGUGUGCAGUCGAUAGAGGGCAGAAUUUCCAAGGUGAAGGGCAUUGUGAGCAUCAAGGUCUCCCUUGAGCAGAGCAAUGCUGUAAUAAAAUAUAUACAGUCAGAAAUAGGCCCCCAAGAGGUUUGCCAGGAAAUUGAAGACAUGGGCUUUGAUGCCAGCAUUGCAGAAGCAAGAACUACAGCAUCAUCUGUAAGAUCGACGUCCUUGGGAGAAGCACUAAUGAAGCUGCGAGUAGAAGGUAUGACAUGCCAGUCUUGUGUCAACACCAUUGAAGGAAAGAUUGGAAAACUACAUGGCGUGCUGAGAAUCAAAGUCUCCCUCAGUAACCAAGAAGCAGUCAUUGCUUACCAGCCUUACAUCAUUCAACCUGAAGACCUCAAAAACCACAUCGAUAACAUGGGGUAUGAAAGCACGAUUAAGAGCAAGCUAGCCCCGUUAAAGCUUGGUAUGAUUGAUCUAGAACGCUUGCAGACUACAAGCACAAAGAAAACUCCAGCCAGCUUGAACAAUAACAGCGUGGAGCCAGUGGUGGGCAAAAUGAAUAGUACAACUACUAUGAAACUGGGAGUAGAAGGGAUGCACUGCAAGUCUUGCGUCAAAAACAUCGAAGGAAAUAUAUCAGGUCUUCCAGGCGUACAAAGUAUUAAAGUGUCAUUGGAACAUAAAAAUGCUGUUGUGCAAUUUAACUCAAACGUAAUUACCCCAGUAUCUUUGCAACAAGCCAUUGAGACCCUUCCACCUGGUAACUUUAAAGUCUCCCUCCCUAAUGGAGUGGAAGCAAAUAACAGAGAACUUUUAUCAAAGGCAGCAUUUUCAUCACCUCAGUUUCAUAGCACGUCCUCUGGGGAUCAGCUGACAAGCACGUCUGUACUUAGUAUUGAUGGAAUGACCUGUGGAUCUUGUGUGCAGUCCAUAGAAGGCACAAUGUCCCAAAGGAAAGGAGUACAGCAUAUAUCCGUUUCGUUAGCUGAAAGGACUGGAACCAUACACUACAAUUCAGCUGUAACUAAUUCAGAAGAGCUAAGAGGUGCUAUAGAAGACAUGGGAUUUGAUGCUUCCAUUCUCACAGAUACCACCACUCGGAAAUAUAUGGAUCAACCUCUUUUCAGGGACGCUGCGAUUCAGCCUAAUGCUUGGGAGUCAGCUUCCCAGAGAACAGAAAAUGUUUCUGAGUCUUCUCAUCAAGGCUACAUGUCUGAUGUCCAGCCAAAGAAUUCUUACCUCGGUAGUCCAAAGCCACCCAGUGUAGCGACAACAGAAAAGUGCUUUAUGCAGAUCACAGGCAUGACCUGUGCAUCAUGUGUGUCAAACAUUGAAAGAAAUCUGCAAAAAGAAGAUGGUAUCGUUUCAGUGCUAGUAGCACUGAUGGCAGGAAAAGCGGAGAUAAAAUACAAGCCAGAGAACAUUCAGCCUCUUGAAAUAGUACAGCUGAUCCAAAACUUGGGCUUCAAUGCUACAGUCAUAGAAGACCAUACUGCUACAGAUGGCAAUGCAGAGCUUAUUAUUACGGGAAUGACUUGUGCUUCCUGUGUUCAUAAUAUUGAAUCCAAACUAACCAGAACUAAUGGCAUCUUCUAUGCCUCGGUAGCGCUUGCUACCAGCAAAGCUCACAUCCAGUUUGAUCCUGAAAUCAUUGGACCUCGAGAUAUUAUACAAAUUAUUGAGGGAAUUGGUUUUCAUGCUUCCUUGGCCAAGAGAGACCCUAAUGCUCAUAACUUGGAUCACAAAAAGGAAAUAAAACAAUGGAGGAAAUCUUUCUUGUGCAGCCUAGUGUUUGGAAUCCCCGUCUUAAUCUUAAUGAUCUAUAUGCUAAUACCUGAUGGCCAAGAGCACGGCACUAUGGUGCUGGAACAAAAUCUAAUUCCUGGAUUAUCUAUUUUAAAUCUUCUCUUCUUUGUCUUGUGCACUUUGGUUCAGUUCCUCGGUGGAUGGUACUUUUAUGUCCAAGCCUACAAAUCAUUGAAGCACAAAACAGCCAAUAUGGAUGUACUGAUUGUACUGGCCACAACUAUUGCUUAUAUAUACUCUUGUGUGAUCUUGGUGGUGGCUAUAGCUGAAAAGGCAGAGGAAAGCCCCAUCACAUUCUUUGACACACCACCCAUGUUAUUCGUAUUCAUUUCUCUUGGGAGAUGGUUGGAACACAUAGCAAAGAGUAAAACAUCAGAAGCACUUGCUAAACUAAUGUCUCUCCAAGCUACUGAAGCUACCAUAGUGACUCUUGGACCUGACCACUCUCUCAUCAGGGAGGAGCAGGUGGCUGUUGAAUUGGUUCAGCGGGGUGACAUUGUAAAAGUUGUCCCUGGUGGGAAGUUCCCAGUUGAUGGAAAAGUCAUUGAAGGCAGCUCUAUGGCAGAUGAAUCCCUCAUUACUGGGGAAGCCAUGCCAGUUACUAAAAAACCUGGGAGCACAGUGAUUGCAGGUUCUAUAAAUGCGCAUGGCUCAGUUCUUGUUAAUGCAACUCAUGUUGGGUCUGACACCACCCUGGCACAAAUUGUGAAAUUGGUUGAAGAAGCUCAGAUGUCAAAGGCACCCAUCCAGCAAUUGGCUGAUAAGUUUAGUGGAUAUUUUGUUCCAUUUAUCAUCAUCAUUUCAACAGUGACAUUGCUAGUGUGGAUCACAAUUGGUUUUAUAAACUUUGAUGUUGUUCAGAAAUACUUUCCUCAUCAGAACAAACACCUCUCAAAAGCUGAAGUAAUACUGAGGUUUGCAUUUCAAACCUCAAUCACUGUGCUGUGCAUUGCAUGCCCCUGUUCCUUGGGCUUGGCUACUCCAACAGCUGUGAUGGUGGGCACAGGAGUUGCUGCCCAGAAUGGUAUUCUCAUCAAAGGUGGAAAACCUCUGGAAAUGGCCCACAAGAUAAAGACUGUGAUGUUUGAUAAAACCGGAACCAUCACUUGUGGCGUUCCUAAAGUCAUGAGGAUGCUCUUGCUAGGGGACACGGCUACGCUGUCUCUAAAGAAGGUACUUGCAAUUGUCGGCACUGCAGAAGCCAGCAGUGAGCAUCCCUUAGGAAUGGCUGUCACUAAAUACUGUAAAGAGGAACUUGGCACGGAGAGCCUGGGAUACUGCACAGAUUUUCAGGCAGUCCCAGGCUGUGGAAUCAGCUGUAAAGUCCGCAGCGUGGAAGCUGUACUGGGCCAGAGUGAGCAGAGUGUGAACGAGCAGAAUGCUUACCUGAGCAGUGUCGGCACGAUUUCGCUGGGACACAGUUCAUCGAUCAUGGUCUCUGAAUCUGAUGGUGCAGCAGCCCCUCUGACAUACUCAGUUCUGAUUGGAAAUCGUGAAUGGAUGAGACGGAACGGCUUGCUUAUAUCCAGUGAUGUUAAUGAUGCAAUGACAGGCCAUGAAAUGAAAGGACAGACAGCCAUAUUGGUGGCUAUAGAUGGUGCGUUGUGUGGAAUGAUCGUGAUAGCCGAUACCGUCAAACAGGAGGCAGCGCUCGCUGUGCACACCCUGCAAAAUAUGGGAAUUGACGUGGUGCUAAUAACGGGGGACAACAGAAAAACUGCAAAAGCAAUUGCUACUCAGGUUGGCAUCAAAAAGGUCUUUGCUGAGGUUCUGCCCUCUCACAAAGUCGCAAAGGUUCAGGAACUCCAGAAUGAAGGGAAGAAGGUUGCCAUGGUUGGAGAUGGAGUCAACGAUUCCCCGGCAUUGGCUGGAGCGGACGUUGGCAUUGCUAUUGGAACAGGCACGGAUGUUGCCAUUGAAGCUGCGGAUGUCGUUCUUAUUCGAAAUGACUUACUGGAUGUGGUGGCUAGUAUUCAUCUAUCAAAGAGGACAGUAAGAAGAAUACGAAUAAAUCUGGUCCUUGCCUUAAUUUAUAAUCUGCUUGGGAUACCUAUAGCGGCAGGAGUGUUCAUGCCUAUUGGAAUUGUGCUGCAGCCCUGGAUGGGAUCAGCUGCAAUGGCAGCUUCUUCAGUAUCUGUGGUGCUAUCUUCCCUGCAACUGAAAUGCUACAAGAAGCCAGGAACUGAAAGGUAUGAAGCAAAAGCUCAAGGCCACAUGAAGCCACUGACUCCUUCCCAAAUCAGUGUUCACAUUGGGAUGGACGACAGGAGACGGGAUUCACCCAGGCUAACUGCCUGGGAUCAGAUCAGUCAAGUGUCUCUCUCUUCUCUGACUUCAAACAAGCUGCCGGGACAUGGCAGUUUUAGAGAGGAAGAAGGUGGCAAGUGGUCACUGCUCACUAAUGACAGAGAUGAAGAACAGUACAUUUAAAUGCAGCAUCCUAUCGCUGAACAUGAAGUCAUUGAGAUUCUUCACCAUUGGCAGUGAUGACCAAGAGACCCACAUAAGUAUAAAUGGAGCCCUGAUGUUCCAAUUUGCCAAGCAGCUCAGAAAUUCAGCGUUAGAUUGUGUGAAUUAUGAUUUGUCAGUUCACAAAUAAUUUCCAGGCAUUGAA